AUGUCAUAUAGACCAGCCAUCGCUUCGCUUUCUCUCGGCAGAGCUUGGCUCCAUGAUCUCGCCCCCAAAUUCGCCGCAGCAGCAAAUGCUGGUCUUCCAGGCAUAGAAAUAUUCUUCGAGGACCUUCUCUACCUGGCAUCCACCUACAAAGGCGGUUCAUCCCUUAGUACAAACCAGAUCCUCGCCGCACGCCAUAUUCGUGCUCUCGCUGAUGCCAACUCCCUGACAAUCAUAGCACUGGGUCCUUUCUCCGACGUUGAAGGUCUUCUCUGUCCCCAAAAGAAAUUAAAGAAAUCGGAAGAUCUCAAAACAUGGUUUGAGAUCGCCAGAAUUCUGGGAACAGAUAUCAUUCAAAUCCCUAGCACCUUCCAGAACGAGGGGUUUACCGUGGAUUUGGAGACCGUGGUAAGGGAUUUAAGGCAAAUUGCUGAGUUGGGUGCGAGAGAGAACCCACCUGUUCGGUUUGCGUACGAGAAUUUAUGUUUUGGGACGUAUCAUGACACGUGGGAAAAAGCAUGGGCGGUCGUGAAGGGUGUCGAUCGACCGAACUUUGGGUUGUGUCUGGAUACAUUUAACAUCGCUGGACGAGGAUGGGCCGACCCAUCUCGAGAUGACGGCAAAAUUGAAAAUGCGGACGAGUUGUUCGCUGAGAGUCUGAGGAGUUUUGUGAGAGAGGUUGACGUGAAGAAAGUGUUUUACGUACAGGUCGUCGAUGCGGAAAGAAUGAGGAAUCCUAUAGUCAAAGGGCAUGCCUUUUAUCAAGAAGGACAGAAGGCCAGGAUGAGUUGGAGUCGGAACGCCAGAUUAUUUAUUUGCGAGGAAGACCGUGGAGGGUAUCUACCUGUGAUAGACGUUUUGAAAGCAAUUUGCGAUGAAAACACUGGCCUGGGCUACAAAGGAUGGAUAUCCAUGGAGUUCUUCAAUCGAAGUCUGGUGGGCAAAGGACCCGAUGUCCCCGUAGAACACGCAAAGAGAGCAGUUGACUCGUGGAAUAAGUUAGUGAAAGUCAUGGGAUGGGAGGACAAGGUUGAGGCUAUAAUCCCACAGAAGCGUCUUGGUGAAGCAAAGUCAAUGAGUGACCAGUGGGCUACAGCGGAGAUAUCUGCGAGGCUAUAG